GGGGACAGAUAUGAUGAUCACAUUUCUUUAUGCAGGGGCUUCUGAUUUGAUCAGUGAUCAGGUUGUUUAAAUGGUUGUUGCACAAGUGAUCUCACAUUUAGAGGCAGCAGGGAGGUCACAGUAGGUGUAGCGAGUCAGCUAUAUCUCAUCAGCUUGUGCAAAUCUGAUACUUGGCUUUUACGGAGUAAUAGAUAUGAGAAAGUUUAAAUUAGAUCCUUGGGGGAUGCCGCAGUUGAUAGCUGUGGGAAUGGAGUUACUUCAGGUAUUCCUAGGCUAGAUAAGAAUAAAUAAAAACAGAAACAAGUGAAUGUGGUCCCAGGCAGCUCCUCAGUUGGUGAAAGUAUAACUGUCAAAGUCGGAGUCAAUAUUGUUAAUUUAAGAACUGUGGAAGGGACCAGUGUGUUUUAGAGAUGGGUCCACAAUAAUAGUUUUGAAAGAUGAACGAAAAAGCCAAAGGGAGGUAAUAACAAUAUAAGUAAAUACUAGGUUGAUGAGGAGUAUACUUUUAAUGAGAUGUUACAUUGUAUGGGGAGAGGAGAGUCAAAACUUUGGAAUGGGCAGCUAGUUGAAGGCUUGAGCAAUUGGGUUAUACUGUGAUAUGAAACAGGAGCGACAACAUUUGUUGAAGUCAGUAGGUCGGGCUGCAUCACCUGUUGAGUUCGUCCAGCUUUUUUUGUACGUCUUGGUUUGACCACAGCAUCUGCAGUGCACUUUGUGUUUAACAUUUGUUGAAGGUAUGCAGUAAAAGUUCCUAUUGAUACUAUUUUUGGAAGGAUUUUGACAUGACGUGAGGCUCCGAAUAAUGUAUUCGCCACCUCUUGGAGAGAACAAGAUUUCAGGAAGAAAAGUCAUCCAACUACUUCUGAAUCACUUUGAUCCCCAAGAUACGCAUUUGCAAUCACAAGUUCGAGGUUGUGUGUGAACCCUAACAUUUUACCACCAAUGCCUAAGGCACCCCAGCCUAAAAUGAAAUUUCUGCAAUGGACGGAUGUAGUAAAAUAAACUGCAGAUGUUGGAAAUCUGUCACCUUUUCCACAGAUGUUGAGCUUCUCCGGCGUUUACUGUUUUUAAAAUCUUGUUACGAUGUGAUAACACAGGCUGCUAAAGCAGGUUUAAGCGUACGAUGGGUCAUUGUUUCCAGCACAUCAUUCCACAGCUGGCCGGACCAGAGGGAGCAGCGACUGCUCACAAUCUCGACACCGACCCACCCGGCUUCAAACUGCCCGCCUGCUGAGGUCAGGGGUCGGUGUUAAAGCAAACAGUUCCGGAGACGGAUGGCGGCUAAAUUCCCUGCCGUACGGAGGAUGGGGGCCUUCACUUUUAUCGAUAUUGGUAUAAAUCUGACAGAUCCUAUGUUUCAUGGGAUUUAUCGUGGUACUCAGAAGCAUCAAGAUGACUUUCUAGAUGUGGUGCAGAGGGCAGUAAAAACUGGAGUUCAGAAGUUCAUGAUUACAGGAGGCAGUUUGCAAGAUAGUACAGAUGCAGUGGAACUAGCAAAGACAAGUGAUAUUUUCUACAGUACUGUUGGCUGUCACCCCACACGGUGUGGUGAAUUUGAGCAGAAUAACCCAGAGCAGUAUUUGAGUGACCUGAAAACAUUGGCCACAGAAAACAAAGCGAAAGUAGUGGCCAUUGGCGAGUGUGGCUUGGAUUUUGACAGAUUGGAAUUCUGUCCAAAAGAGAUACAAUUAAAAUACUUUGAAAAGCAAUUUGACUUGGCAGAAGCAACUAAAUUACCCAUGUUUCUACACUGCAGAAAUUCAUCUGCAGAAUUUUUAGAUAUAGCGAAGAGAAAUAUGGAUAGAUGUGUUGGAGGCGUGGUGCAUUCUUUUGAUGGCACAAAAGAAGAAGCUGCUGCCUUUCUAGAAAUGGGCCUCUAUAUUGGAAUAAAUGGCUGUUCUUUAAAAACAGAAUCAAAUCUUGAAGCUAUGAAAUCCAUCCCAAGUGAAAGACUGAUGAUAGAAACUGAUGCACCAUGGUGUGGAGUAAAGAACACUCAUGCCGGUGCUAAAUACGUGAAAACAACUUUUCCAACAAAGAAGAAGUGGGAAGAAGGAUAUUGCCUUAAGGAUAGGAAUGAACCAUGCCAUAUUAUUCAAAUAUUGGAGAUAAUGGCUGCUGUACGAGAGGAAGACAUGCGUGAACUGAGCAACACCAUGUACAACAAUACUGUGAAAGUUUUUUUUCCUAACAGCUGAUUGCCAAGUAUAUUAUCCCAGUGUAUUUGCUCUCAGCGUGACACAACUGGCAGCUCUUAGAGAUAUUUGGGUACUUUUCCCUGGUUUAUUUUGUUCAAGAUGGAUGUUGAACUCUGUGCACCAGAGAAUUAGUAUGAAUGUUACCCUUACUAUUAAGACACUUCCUGAUAAAUUUCCUGACCUUGGUAGAAAUCUAUGUAAACAUGUAGUUUGAAUGAAAGGGAAAUAGCUUCCUUGGCAACCCAACAAGUCAAAGACCUCAAGAUAUUUAGUGAUUUUUAAAAAUACCUCAUGUUAUCACUUUACAAUGUUGUAUUUCAAAAUCAAUCUUAAUUGCUUACAACUUUGUUUUAAUACAUCUCUAAUAAGCAGAUCAGUAUGGUUUAAAUAUCCAGUCAUACGUGAAGUAUCAAAAGGUCAAUGAUAGUUUAUAUUGGGCCAGUCUGGUUCCAAGCAGGAUGUAUUACAGUGACUGAAGCAAACAUACAACAGUAUAAUGUUAGUGUGCAAUUUUAUUGUAUCUAAUCAUUUGUAACAUAUACUAUAUCAACUCAAGAUCUAUUCAAGUGCUUACGUUGAGACCAUUAAAAUAGCAUGUUCAUCUGUA